CCUCUGGUUCAAUGGCAUGCGGCUGAAUGGCUGAUGUAACAGGAAUUCCCUCUAUCCGUGUGCGGUGUGCUGCGUCUGCGUUGUUCCCUCACAAGGCGAACAGGGUCUGGAGGGAGGGGCAAGGGAGCCACUACAUUGUACAUGGCAUUGUAGAUUGAGUUGGAAGUGGUAGAGCAGCUGGAGGUUCACCUGCACUCCUGUUCCAUUCCAUCUCUUGGAGGUGGUAAAGGUUCAUCAGACUUGGAAGUGUGAGAGAGCAGCCAUGAAGAGCAGAGGUUUGCGGCUGCUCUGCUGCGUGGCAGCGGUGGCCGCGCUCCUCUCGGAAGGAGGCCAGGCUGCCGCUUAUUAUUACGUGCCGUCGCCGGGGCCAGCUCCGGCGCCUGCCGCCUCCCCCGCGACGAACUCCUCUGCUUCUCCUCCACCAGCCCAGCCCACCACCUUCCCGACGUACGGCGUCACCCCCGGCAGCCUCCAGCCCCAAGAGUGCGGCGGUCGGUGCGCGGCGCGGUGCUCGGCGACGGCGUACCGGAAGCCGUGCCUCUUCUUCUGCCGCAAGUGCUGCGCGGCGUGCCUGUGCGUGCCGGCGGGCACCUACGGCAACAAGGCCUCCUGCCCCUGCUACGACAACUGGAAGACCAAGCGGGGAGGACCCAAGUGCCCCUAGGCAGCCGUGUGGCGGCCGUCUCCCUCUCAUAUAUGAGACCUUGCAGCUAGUUUCUUCAGUUCAGUUCAAUCCUGACGGGCAAGCUCCGACCGAGAUUGCUGCUGAAGUGUUGUGCGCCGGGGUUUGACCGUUUGAGCGCUCAUGCUGCUUGUCAUCGUUGCUGCAUAUGUAGGCAUUUGCACACCGAUAACCGAUCGAUGGAGUGCCGUUUGGCUUAUGGUUCAGUUUCGCUUAAAUC